AUGCAGAGUGUGGUGCUGGGGGGACGGGAAAACCCCGCAGCGGAGAGCGCAGAACCAGCACCAGCGGGUCCGGGGGAGCCAGGGCGAGGCGGCGCCCGGGGACGCUCGGGAGGAGCCGGCGGGCCCCCAGGGCACGGAGCCGAGCGCAUCCUGGCGGUGCCGUUGCGCACUGACGCCCAGGGCCGCUUGGUGUCCCACGUGGUGUCUUCGGAGACGGCUGGGGCGGGGGUACGAGCCCGCAGAGCCGCCCCGGUCCAAACCUCAGACUUGCCCGGAGGCGACGUGCAGGACCCUGGAGGCCGCCUCUUCUACAACCUCACGGUCUUCGGCCGAGACCUGCACCUGCGUCUGCGGCCCAACGCUCGCCUCGUGGCUCCGGGGGCCACCGUGGAGUGGCAGGGUGAGACGGGUGACACCCGGGUGGAGCCUUUGCUUGGGACCUGUCUCUACGUUGGAGACGUGGCCGGCUUAGCCAAAGCCUCCUCAGUGGCGCUCAGUAACUGUGAUGGGCUGGCUGGUCUGAUCCGUAUGGAAGAGGAGGAGUUCUUUAUUGAGCCCCUGGAGAGGGGUCAGGCGGAUCGGGAGGCUGAGCAAGGCCGAGUACAUGUGGUGUAUCGCAGACCGCCCACUCCCAAAUCCCCUCCUCUGGCGGGGCCACAGGUUUUGGACACAGGAGCCUCCCGGGGCAGCCUGGAGAGCCUCAGCCGAGCCCUGGGUGUCCUGGAGGAGCACAUCAGCAGCUCCCGGCGGAGGGUGCGCAGGCACGCCACCGACGAUGACUACAACAUCGAGGUCCUGCUGGGCGUGGAUGACUCAGUGGUCCAGUUCCACGGGACGGAGCACGUGCAGAAGUACCUGCUGACACUCAUGAACAUUGUCAAUGAAAUCUACCAUGACGAGUCCCUGGGGGCCCACAUCAAUGUUGUGCUGGUCAGGAUCAUCCUUCUGAGCCACGAGAAGUCCAUGAGCCUCAUUGAGAUUGGGAACCCCUCUCAGAGUCUGGAGAAUGUCUGCCGCUGGGCCUACCUCCAGCAGAAGCCGGACACCGACCACGACGAGUACCACGACCAUGCCAUCUUCCUCACACGACAGGACUUCGGGCCCUCGGGCAUGCAAGGCUAUGCUCCUGUCACUGGGAUGUGCCACCCGGUCCGCAGCUGCACCCUGAACCAUGAGGAUGGCUUCUCCUCGGCAUUUGUGGUGGCUCAUGAGACUGGCCAUGUGCUGGGCAUGGAGCAUGAUGGGCAGGGCAACCGCUGCGGUGACGAGGUACGGCUGGGCAGCAUCAUGGCACCCUUGGUACAGGCUGCCUUCCAUCGAUUCCACUGGUCCCGCUGCAGCCAGCAGGAGCUCGGCCGCUACCUGCACUCCUAUGACUGCCUGCGUGACGAUCCCUUCGCCCAUGACUGGCCGGCCUUGCCUCAGCUCCCAGGGCUGCACUAUUCCAUGAACGAGCAGUGUCGAUUCGACUUUGGCCUGGGCUACAUGAUGUGCACUGCGUUCCGGACCUUUGACCCCUGCAAACAGCUGUGGUGCAGUCACCCCGACAACCCUUACUUUUGCAAGACAAAGAAGGGUCCCCCACUGGACGGGACUAUGUGUGCGCCUGGCAAGCAUUGCUUUAAAGGUCACUGCAUCUGGCUGACACCUGACAUCCUCAAACGAGACGGCAAUUGGGGCGCCUGGACUCCGUUCGGCUCCUGCUCACGCACGUGCGGCACAGGUGUGAAGUUCAGGACCCGCCAGUGUGACAAUCCACACCCAGCCAACGGGGGCCGCACCUGCUCCGGCCUGGCCUAUGACUUCCAGCUCUGCAACCCCCAGGACUGCCCCAACGCCCUGGCUGACUUCCGGGAGGAGCAGUGCCGCCAGUGGGACCUGUACUUUGAACACGGCGAUGCCCAGCACCACUGGCUGCCCCAUGAGCACCGGGAUGCCAAGGAGAGAUGCCACCUCUAUUGUAAAUCUAAGGAGACGGGGGAGGUGGUGUCCAUGAAGCGCAUGGUGCAUGAUGGGACACGCUGCUCCUACAAGGACGCCUUCAGCCUCUGUGUGCGUGGGGACUGCAGGAAGGUGGGCUGUGAUGGGGUAAUUGGCUCCCGCAAGCAGGAGGACAAGUGUGGCGUGUGUGGAGGUGACAACACCCACUGUAAAGUGGUGAAGGGCACGUUCACGAGGUCACCCAGGAAGCAAGAGUACAUCAAAAUGUUUGAGAUCCCUGCUGGAGCCAGACACCUGCUCAUCCAGGAGGCCGACACCACCAGCCACCAUCUGUCUGUCAAGAGCCUGGAGACAGGCAAGUUCAUCUUAAAUGAAGAGAAUCACUUGGACCCCAAUUCUAGAACCUUCAUCGCCAUGGGUGUGGAGUGGGAAUACAGGAAUGAAGAUGAGAGGGAAACGCUGCAGACCAUGGGCCCGCUCCACGGAACCAUCACCGUCCUGGUUAUCCCCGACGGAGACUCUCGGAUCUCACUGACAUACAAAUACAUGAUCCAUGAGGACUCGCUCAAUGUCGACGACAACAAUGUCCUGGAAGACGACUCUGUGCGCCAUGAGUGGGCCCUGAAAAAGUGGUCUCCCUGCUCCAAGCCCUGCGGUGGAGGGUCCCAGUUCACCAAGUAUGGCUGCCGUAGGAGGCUGGACAGCAAGAUGGUGCACCGAGCCUUCUGCAGUGCCCUGGCCAAGCCCAAAGCCAUCCGCCGAGCUUGCAACCCUCAGGAGUGUUCCCAGCCUGUGUGGGUCACCGGUGAGUGGGAGCCUUGUAGUCAGAGCUGUGGGCGAACCGGCAUGCAGGUGCGCUCCGUACGCUGUAUUCAGCCCCUGCACAACAACACCACCCGCUCUGUGCACACCAAACACUGCAACGACCACCGUCCUGAGAGCCGUAGGGCCUGCAACCGUGAGCUCUGCCCUGGGCGGUGGCGGGCUGGGUCCUGGUCCCAGUGUUCGGUAACCUGUGGCAAUGGCACCCAGGAGCGACCAGUCCUCUGCCGCACUGCAGAUGAUAAUUUCGGUGUCUGCCGGGAGGAGCGGCCCGAGACAGCAAGGAUCUGCAGGCUUGCAUCCUGUCCCCGGAACAUCUCUGAUCCCUCCAAGAAGAGCUACGUGGUUCAGUGGCUGUCCCGGCCUGACCCUGACUCGCCCAUCCGGAAGAUCUCGUCAAAGGGCCAGUGCCAAGGCGACAAGUCAAUGUUCUGUAGGAUGGAAGUCUUGUCUCGCUAUUGCUCCAUCCCCAGCUACAACAAGCUCUGCUGCAAGUCCUGCAACCCGCCCGGCAACCUCAGCCUCAUAGAGGACGCAGGCGAGGAACCUCCACUGGGGAAGCACAAUGACAUCGAUGUGUUCAUGCCCACACUCCCGGGACCCACUGUAGCUACACAGGUGCAGCCUUUGUCAGGGCCUCCCUUGGAGGCCCCCCUCAAUGCCUCCAGCAUCAAUGCCACGGAGGACCACCCAGAAACCAAUGCUGUGGAUGUCCCCUACAAGAUCCAUGGUGUGGAUGAAGAGGUCCAGUCUACCAACCUGAUCCCCCGACGACCGAGCCUGAAUGUAAAGACGAGGAACCAAAGAAUCCAGGAGCUCAUUAAUGCAGUGCAGAGAAAAGAGAAGGCCGGAAAGUUCUAAUAAAAUGGAAAGAUUCGCAUCAA